AUGGUUGCAGCCGCUGUCGAGCCGGGAACGCCGAUGUCGAAACACGCAGAAUCGCUCCAGGGGAGUGAAAAUGGCAACAAGUCGCUAGGAAGAAUGCUGCUGAAGAAAGCAUUGCAAGAUGAGGUUGACGUGCCAGUUUCAGAUGGCACAGACAUGGAUAUUGACGAUUCUAUUGAGGAAACAAACGGAAAGUCACUUUUGCGCAAAACACAGGAGCUCGCUACCUCCAGCCAAUCAUGCGAUGUGCCGUCCGAACCGCCUAAGAAACAGCAGCGUCUCGAUUUUUUCAGUACUGCUUCAGAGAGCGAUUUGAAGGAGAGCGACGUCUCGUCACCUAUAACGAUCGACCCUCCAACCCCCGAAGAACCACAACUGACCAAGCGUCCGAGUCGAAGAGCAGGCAAAGAAAUUGCCAGCUACAAUAUCAAAGCCAUGUUCAAGAAGACGAUGCACCCAGAAGAAUGGGAACUGGCCUCGCCGGUGCCGUCUGUGACAGGGUAUCCGUUGGAGACACCGCCACCUUUGAAAAUUAAAAAGAAGGCUCUUUGGCCAAAUAAGAAGCUGGUGAUUGCGCGCAAACCCAAAUCAACCUCUCCAGUGACCCUUAAGUCAGAAGGGGCUUCUGAAGAUAUUUCUACUCGCGAGAGUUCGAUUGAGCCGGACGAAUCUGUGAUUGCUGACGAAGCAGAAAACUCUCACGAGAACGCCGAGAGAAGGUAUCGUUCGAAGCUCAAUACUCAAGACUCUGAUGCGUUGACUAAGAUCAGCGUUUCUAGACUAGGAACUCACAAAAAACUAAAAUCUGUUCCCAGAAAAGGUUUCAAAGAGGCUCAGGAAACGAUGCCUGUUGUUCACCACAAGGCCCACCCUCAAUCUACCCCUGAGUUGGAAGAUCGAAUGAAGAAGGUGAAACAAUCUCCAAAGAAACAUUCGAGGGCCAAUGCCUUUGGUUUUGGUCCAACUACCGAGCCAGAACUCGAGAUUGAACCAAGAACUCAGCAGAAUGCGAAUGGGGAAGCCACGAAAGAUAACGAUGAUUUCUGCUCAGCGUGUGGUCAUUUGGGUAUCUUCCUUUGCUGUGAAGGGUGUCCCCGUUCUUUCCAUUUUGUUUGUUGCGAUCCUCCUUACGACGAGGGCAAUCUUCCAGAGGGGAGUUGGUACUGUCGUGAGUGUCUCGCCAAGAGAAGAGCUCCUCCUAAGCACAACGUUGGAAUUUUCUCCAAAUUGAUGAACCAGGCGGAAAUCAGAAACCCUGCUUCUUAUAGAUUGCCCAAGAAGAUUAGAGAGCUGUAUGAGGGGGUGUCUUCCUCCAAGACAGGAGAGUAUCAGGACGAAUCCUUCAAGCCGGAUAAGGUGGUAAAGCAAGGAAGAUUGGAAGAGGCUGAUUCAGACGUGUUAUACGACAGACAGGGUAAUCCGCUAACCUGUUAUAGGUGCAAAGAGACUGGAAUUCAUGGCAAACAGAUUGUUCAAUGCGAAUAUUGCUCAUUGGCAUGGCAUCUGGACUGUCUGGAUCCUCCUUUGGCUACGGCAAAGACUCUGGGAACCAAGUGGAAAUGUCCGAACCACGUUGAAGACCUGGUUGCUCCUAAAAGAAAGAUGAAGAAACCAGAUGUAGUGGAUGUCUCCAUGACCAGAGGGUUUCAAAAUGAUGGCAAUGUUGAGAUCAUCAACACCUCCUUGGAAGAAAGCUCUAGUGAAGAUGAGGUGGUCGAUUUACCCACUCCUCCUUAUUUUGACAUCACCACCACCAAGAACGGUGUAAGUGCUCCUCUUAGCGAUCAAAAUUACAAGAUCCUGACCAGUGAGAACGUUGUAUAUCGCAUUCCUGAAAAGGGCAUCAUUCUUGAUUUCCUGGAUAUCGCAAAAACGAAAAAGCGACAUGAGAUUGAACAGAUCGAGGAACAGAACAGAAGGCUUGUUCCUGAUUUACAUGGAGACUCGCGUGACUUCAUAGAUGGAGUUUCGUCAUUGAGCAAGAAACCCAUGGGAUUGAAACUGGAUUUUGACGAACUCGUGAGGGUUGCUCUUGGACCAGGCGCGGUUGUUAGCAAUAAUGACGAAAAGAACAUGUUGACCCAGGACGAGAUCAACGAUUUACUAAAGAUCAAGAAAUUGAUCGAAUUCAAAGGUAGAGAUAAGAUGCUUGAGUUUUUGGGGUAA